AUGGAGUUCGUUGAUUUUAUAAAUCUCCAUCAUAUUUGUUCUUUAACUCUAUGCACUGGAGUCACGGCUCUUCAAGAUUUUUACGAGGCUCUUAACAGCCCUCCGCAGCUGAAGGGAUGGAGAUUGGAUGGUGGGGAUCCUUGUGGUGAAUCAUGGGUUGGAGUGUCAUGUUCUGGGUCAUCUGUAAUACACCUUAAACUUCAGGGGCUGAACCUCUCGGGGUAUCUUAGUGCACAGCUCUAUAAUAUGUUCAACCUGAAGACACUGGAUGUUAGUUCCAAUAACAUUGCGGGUGAAAUUCCAUAUGCCUUACCCCCAAAUGCCACUCAUAUGUAA